GUGUGGCAGAGGGAGAAACAGAGACAGACAGAGAGAGAGAGAGAGAGAGAGAGAGAAGGAAGGAGAGAACGAAUCAACCUGCCUCUUUUCACACAACAACGGGAUGGGGAGAGCCUGCUCCUAAGACCGGGUAACCACAGAGGAUUUUUUUUUUUAUUUCCGCGCGUUUUACUGCGGGGAAGGGAGCGAAGGAGAGAGACGGAGAAGGAAAGGGAGAGAGAGAGAGAAAGAGAGAGAGAGACGCUGCCGGCAGGAACCCGAAGUGUGGAGGGGAAACAAAAGCAGCCUCUGACCGUGGAGUGUGCGAGAGGGUGAGAGAGAGAGAGAGAGAGAGGGAGAGAGAGAGAAAGAAGGGGGGAGAUAGAUAAGCGGAGAAAUGCUGUCAAGGGGAGAAGGGGGGAGGGAGCGACCGAGAGGAACGGGAUGAAAGAAGGCUGGGUCGAGCUGGAGAUGAGAUGAGAUGUGGAGAUAAUCAGCGGCACCUGAAACCCCUAAGAACCCAUGGGGAAGCUGACACAGAGGGAUCCUCACCUCCCAGCACGCUGCAUCAACCUCUAGAACCGGUCACUUCUGCUUUUCCUCGGUUCCUCAUGUGUGGUUCCUCCAGGAACACCCCACAGUUACCUCCCCCACAGAGCAGAGCGGUUCUAUGCCCACGAUUGGAGACUGAGACUUCACAAUGAGCCGAGCUCUGAACCGAAAAACAGAAGACAGCAUUAUCUAAAGGUCACCUUGAGAGAGGGGACGGCUGUUGCUUCGAACAAUCUGAGGGUCUCAAAGGACGGACAGUCACACAGCCACCGCUACAUGGCACAUGAGCGACGUGUGUUUAUGCGCAGCAGUUAAUCGUCAGUGCGUCCAGUGCGAACUCACAGAGCAGAGAGCCCAAGGCGAGAUUUAUACUGUAGUGGCGACCACACAACGGUUCUAAAACUGAGGCCUUUCAAUAUCCUCGGACUGGCCGCCAUGCAGUCAGACGACCUCUUCAUCCGCAAGCUCCGCCGGCAGAGCCCGCGGCCGCCGCUGGCCACCGUCACCUUCGACCCGAAGCGCGACGGCAGCGGGAUCCGCACGCGGGUGGUGGCCGAGUGGCCUCCGCGGCGGGACGGCGAGGGCACGGAGGGCGACGGCGUGACGCCGAGCCGCGCGCUCAACCUGCACUCCACCUGCCGCAGCCACAUCAUGCAGCGCAGCAACAGCGACGUCACGCUGGGCGACGUGGACUCGGGCGGGAAGUCCGGCGGGAAAGCGGCGCGCGCGGCCGGCGGGGAGAAAACCGGCUCGGGCGCGUCGGGCGACUCGUCGGUGGUGCUCCACCGCGAGUACGGCAGCCUGUCGUCGCUGGAGAGGCAGAUGAGGGGACUCCACUCGCAGGGGCUCCACGGGGACGAGCACGGACCCCUAAGCCCGAGUGCCGAACGCUUCAAAGACCCGCUGCUGCUGCUGGGCUUGCAGCCCAUACCGACAGAAACCGACGGCCCCGGCUUGUCCACGGCAGCUUGCGGGGAGCCCCCCAAACCGGCCAAGCCCCCAAAACCGGACGGGCUGAAUAAGCGUCCCAAGCCCAGCCACGCGUCCCUCCUGCCCCCGCCCGGGGUGUGCGACAACAUGGCCGGUGGAACGUGGGUGCGGAACUUCGCCCACUACGACGUCCAGAGCAUCCUCUUCGACAUGUCCGAGGUGGCGUCCAACCGCGACAGCAUCGGCCGCAAGAAGAACAUCACCUCGGGCGCGUCGGCCGCGUCGCAGCUGCGGCCUCUCAGCCAGCCAGCCCCGGCGUCGCCAUCGCAGGGCGGCGGAACCGGAAACAGCGGGGGGUGCGGGACGAUGGGCAGCAACAGCAGCGACGACCCCGACCUGCUGGGCCUGCUGAUGGACGAGGGUGACGGCAACGACAACGAGCUGCUGCUCAGCUGCCCGCACUUCCGCAACGAGGUGGGCGGCGAGGAGCAGGUGGGGCUCGGCAGGACGAGGGGCCGCUGGGGUCCGUGGCGGAGCCUGCUGAGCCCCAACGACGCCGUGUCCGUGCUGGAGGAACCGCGCGAGAGCCACGUGCAACAGCAGGUCAAGAGUAACUACUUCAUCGAGCACGCGGAUCUGGGUGCACGCUACUACCACAAGUACUUCUACAUGAAAGAUCACCAGAACUUCUUUGGCGUGGAUGACCGGCUUGGCCCAGUGGCCAUCAGCUUCAGAAGGGAAGAGAAGGAGGGUUCCAGUGGAGCCCAGUAUAACUACAGGAUCAUCUUUCGCACCACUGAGCUGAAGACACUGCGCGGCUCAAUCCUCGAGGAGUCGGUUCCCUCAUCGGCACGGCACACGACUCCUCGCGGUCUUUCCCCCAAGAGACUGCUGGAGUUUAUUAUUCCCGAGCUCAACCUUCACUGCCUGAGGCUGGCCUCCACGUCGCCCAAAGUCCGAGACACGCUGCUGAAACUCGACGAGCAGGGCCUAAAUUUCCAGAGAAAGGUGGGGAUAAUGUAUUGCAAAGCAGGACAAAGCUCGGAGGAGGAUAUGUACAACAACGAAAGUGCAGGGCCGGCCUUCGAAGAGUUCCUGGACCUGCUGGGAGAACGAGUUCGGCUGAAGGGCUGGGAGAAAUAUCGGGCCCAACUGGACACGAAGACCGACUCCACAGGAACCCACUCGCUGUACACGCGCUACCAGGACUAUGAGAUCAUGUUCCACGUCUCCACCAUGCUUCCCUACACACCCAACAACACGCAGCAGUUGCUGAGGAAGAGGCAUAUUGGCAACGAUAUUGUGACCAUAGUCUUCCAGGAGCCUGGAGCCUUGCCUUUCACUCCCAAAGCCAUCCGCUCACACUUCCAGCACGUCUUCAUCAUCAUUCAGGUCCACGAGCCCUGCACAGAAAACACCUAUUACAGGGUCGCUGUGACGCGCUCCAAGGACAUCCCGCUGUUCGGUCCGCUGUUUCCCAAGGGUGCUCGCUUCCCGCGCUCGCCAGCCUUCCGCAACUUCCUGCUGGCCAAGGUGGUGAACGCGGAGAACGGCGCCGAGAAGUCGGAGAAGUUCCGCUCCAUGGCCACGCGCACGCGCCAGGAGUACCUGAAGGACCUGGCGGAGAACUACGUCACCACCACGCCCAUCGACUCCUCCACCAAGUUCCCGCUGCUGUCGCUGGGCAGCAAGCGCAAGGACAAGAGCAAGGGGGCGAAAGGGGCGGAGCUCCACAGCGCGGGGGCGCUGGUGUGGGCGGUGACGGCCGGGCAGGCCGGCGGGGUCAUCGGCGAGAUGGACCUCCCGCGGCUCCCGUGCCUGCUGGGCGUCUCGGCCGAGUCGGUGGUGCUGAUCGAGCGCUGCUCGCGCCGCGUGGUCUUCAACAGCUGCUGCCGCGACGUGAUUGGCUGGAAGGCGGUGACAGAGAGCGGGGCCAAGGGCGGGCCCUCGCUGGACAUCUUCUACGAGCGGGGCGAGUCGGUGUCGAUAAGCGUGCCAGAGAGCCAGGUGGAGGACAUCAAAGAGAUUGUGCAGCGACUUGAGCUGGUGACGCGGGGCUGCGAGGCGCGGGAGGUGAUCCCGCUGCGCGACGGCGUGGGCCAGCCAGGCUUCCUGAUGACGGAGGAGGGCUUCGUGACGGAGCUGCAGCCCUUCGGCUAUGCCGAGAGCGGCGGCCUGCAGCGGGGAGCGCGCGUGGUACGGCUGUGCGGACAGCCCCUCGUGCACCUGGACCCCGAUGAGCGCAGUCGACUCCUGCGCACCGCGCACAAGAUCCACAUCACCGUCAUCCCGCCAGACGAGAACGGCAAGCCGCGCAGGAGCUUCUCCGAGUUGUACCAGAAGGCGAUCCAGGACGCCGAGGCCAAGUCCGGUGAGGGCCAGUCAGGUGAGGCCUGGGUGCUGGACGAGCGAGAGGAGGACGAGGACGAGGAGGAGGAGGAGGAGGAAGAGGAGGAGGAAGAGAACAUGGAAGAGGAGGAGCGGACGGAGGGCGAGAGGGUGCAAGGAGAGGGCAAGGAGGCCGAGCCAGCGGAUCAAGUGGACGGGACGGACGGCAGCAGCGGCGGCGUUGCAGACCCACGGCCCGGCCCCACAGGCAUGGACCUGACCAGCGGUGAGGGAGGCCCCGGGGCCCUGCUCUCCCCACCCAGCCUCCCCCUCCUGAGGGCCACCUCCCUGCAGGACAACCCCCUACCCCCGGCCCCGGAGAUCACCCCCUCCGCUCUGACGCGCAGCUUCUCCCUGGAGAGACACCCACAGGGCCAGGACCUGCUUGACGGGCAUGUGUAUGAUAACGUAGCCGUGAAGGUGGACAGGCACAUCUACGAGAACCCUGGGGAGCUGAUGGAUGCCACGCCUGACCUCAUCCUGGCUGUCAAACCCAAGAUGACUCUGGAGGAGGAGGGACAGCAGAAACAGUUUGGCUUGGACGAGCUGAACGAGGAGAAGGCGUCGGCCAGCAAGCCCACCGCCCGCACCGAGUGCAUGGACCGAGCCGAGCGCAACUCCAGAGCCAUGAGCCUGCACAACUCCAUCACCAAGAUUCUUUCAGAGACAACAGAUUCUACAGAAGAGGAAUGGCAGUCCAUUUCUGACUUGGCCACAGCCUGUCGAAGCAUCCUGGAGGCCCUGUCAAGAGAAGACCGGAAUCCAGGAGAUGGAAGCCAGGCCUCUGCUGAUGCUCACGGUCUGACCGGGCAGUCCGAUGCCAAGCUGAGGGACGUCAAAGAUAGUGACUCUCCUGGCCACCUUGAGGAGAAGGUGUCCCAGCUGGAGGACAUGCUGAAACUGCUGCAGGAUGACCUCCAAAAGGAGAAGGAGGACAAGGCAGUGCUGCAGGCAGAGGUGCAGAGUCUCAGGCAGAACAACCAGCGGCUGCAGGAGGAGUCCCAGAGCACCGUGGCGCGCCUCAUCAAAGUCACCGAGCUCUUGUGCAAUGUCAACAAGCCCUGCUAGCCCCGCUAGCCUCGCUGCCGCUGUCGCCGCGGCAACCGCUGCCACAGGGACCCCUCCCUAUCCAGCAGCCUGCUUCCCAGGACCUACUUCCUUAGGCCCACACUGACACACACACACACACACACACACACACAGAGACACACACACAUACGAGUGCAGUCAGUGCACGCUAAACAAUACGAAACAAAACAAAAUCAAAAACUGCUAGACUUGCUAAGCCCAGCAAUUCACCAACCAACCAACCAGCCAAACUAGAAACUAAACAACCAAACUAUUCACAUAGCUCUUGCAGGCCCAGGGGGCGGGUGACUCUGGAACGAGUCCAGUCCUGACCCGCACCAGAUCUGGGCCAGGUUAGUGCCGGAAACCCUGAAACUGUCUGGGAUGCAUGGAGAUGCAGUGUGUGCAGCGUGCUGUCCUACUUUCAAGACGGCUCAGUAAAUGCCUGCCCAGAAGUGUCUCAUUCCCCCCUUUACCAGGCAGCCUCCAUCCUUUAUAUCUCUUCAAACCCAUGGACACAAAAAAACGCAUGUAUAUAUAUACUCACAGUCGUAGGGCAGUUUAUUAGUGCAGACCACAGGCUCGCAGUAGAUUAUCAGUCUCAAUUACCGUAUUUACAGAUGGGACCGCACAUAUUUAUUACACUUACAUCAAUUGACAGAUAAUAAAAAAUACAGUUGGGAACAAUGCAUUAGCAUUCUAAUACAUGCUAUAUCAGUACAUAGGCAAUAUAUCAUGUCCUGUUACACAGUGGAGGCCGUUUAUUCUAUUCCGUCCGCUCAGUCCAGUUCAUUUCAAGAACAUUUUACUACCUGUUGCUAAAUGUUUGAACAGGCAGGAACAGGAUGAGGGAGGUUGUUUUAUUUAAGAUGAGUCAUGUGUACAGGCGUUUACGUAUGGUUGCGUGUGUCCUGGGACCAUAGUAUUUAUCUGUCCACAUUACAGACCAGUGGGGCAGAAUAGCAUUUGUUCCUUGGGACACUGAGGGAAACACCUUGCCAGCAAAACCAAACAAAUAGGAAAAUCGGACCUGACAGCUGUUGCCGAACAGGUCUCUUGUACAGUAUUGGUGUGCCUGAUGGUUAUUGACUCAGUAGCGGAGCUGAAAACAAAACUAAUUUACAGUGGGCCCCCGGAGCCCUUGCAGACGCCUGGCUUUCCCUUUACCCGUCCAAUCACAACUAGGACUUGUCAUUACCCGUCCAAUCACAACUAGGACUUGUCAUUACCCGUCCAAUCACAACUAGGACUUGUCACUUCCUUCCUCCCUGCGCACGUCAGCCUAAAUAUGCAACGACUCGGCCUGAGGUCAGGAGCGUUCUGCCCUGACCGAAGGUGUACGAUGUCCUCUGCUCACAUUAAUACAUAAUUACACACACACACACACACACACACACACACACACAAAUACACACACACACACACACAGGAACACAGCCUAUGCUGAAGAGAAGAGACAACAGUGAGGUGUAGCUGGAUGGACAGUGGCUCUCCCGCUCUUGUGUGUGGACAUGGCGCUGUUCUGGACAGACCUGUUCACUCGCCCCCUGCUUUUUGUGGGAACUCUAGCAAUGGACUGACUCAACCAACUACCAAAUCCUCCCUCCUCUGGCCUCUGAUACAGACCACACCAUGAGUGUGUGUGUGUGUGACUGUGUAUGUAUGUGAGUGAGUGAGUGAGUGAGUGUGUGUUUUGGGGAGGGAGGGUGGGGGAUGCUACCCAUAUGGGUCAGGGGAAAAACAUUUCAAAAGGGAUCGUUUGACUCAUGGAGAGUACUGGCACUUUGGGGUUGGGAUGUGAAGGGGAACCCUGCCUGCGUCACUGGAGAUGGGAGUACGGAGACCUGCGUGUGGGGCCCAACGGGAACCCUCUUUGUGCAGCCCUUGUGCCUGCCAAUAUCGCCCCUGGUGGACACAAGGGGAAUCGCCAAACACAGCCAUUUUGCUGCAGGACCGCAACAAAAAAGAAAUGUACUGUAAAGGGAAAUGACUUGAAAUUGUGUGGUAUUUCUUCAAUUGAACAAUUUAACUGAGCCAUUUUUUAUUAUUAUGAGUGUCAUUAUGUUUGCGCUCCUCCUUAAAGGGACAUUUUAUCGUAAAAGGAACUCAGACCGUUAUUUUAUGCCUAAGAAGCACUGCGCUUGAAAAGAAGCUGAAGAAACUGGAAGGUUUUUUUUUCCCGUGGUGGUCUGCUGGUUGAUCUGCAUUUUUUUUUGCUCACACUGGCAUUGCCUUCAUUUGGUUAUAGGAACACAGUAUAUGUGUGGCUUUACCCAUUUUGCUUUUUGUCUUUUUGCUUUUGCCUUGUUGAAAAAUGAGUGGAUUCUCACCCCUUACCUCACCUUCAGGUUCAGUGCGAGGGGUGCGGGUGUUUGGGGGGAAAGUGUGUGUAUUGGGGAGAGGGGCUGGGGGUGCAUAGGUGUCAGAUGGUGGAGCCGAUGGCUUACCCGCCCCCCCCUGGUUCAUUUACCCUCAUUCCCAGACAUCCUGCCUGCAGAUGCCAGGGUAUUUCACCCCUACUCACACACAGGACUCAACCUGGCAGAGCCAGCACAUACAUGCAGAUACACACAAACACACACACACACACACACUCACAUUGGCACACACAUACAUGUAUAGACAUACACCAUCACAGCUACUCACAAUCUCUCUGAAAGGGAUUCCAAGCAAAUGCUGAGUAAUAAUGGAAUAUCAGUGUAUACUAUAUGUUGUAAAUAAGUCUUUUACUUCCUCUUGUAAUUUUUAAGUUUAUUUUUGAGUCACUGUGAUUAACCGGUACCAGCAGAAUAAGAUAAAAUAUUAAGAUUAAAUUAUAAAAAUCUAUAUCUUUAUCUCUAUGUGAAGACAUGUACAGCUGAAUGGCUCUGUGUGAUAAGUAGUGCACUCCAGUUGCAUACUGUACGCCCUCCAAAGCAAGGCAUUUGUGCAGAUAUGUGCUCAAACUAAUUUGAUUGAAAUUGUCGCAGAACGUGAUGCUUAGUUGGGUUUAAUUAGUGAAAUGGCAUUGUACAAGAUUUCUAUUAUGUUUGACUUUGUGCUGUAUAGUUACAUAGAUUGUAGGAGGUUGUUUUAAGCACGAGAAUGCACCAAGCAACUUCCGGGUUUUCCCUUCUGUAUGUGUGUAUGUAUGUAAAAAAAAAUGUAAUAACUUAUUAAUCUUGCAAAUGUGGAACUCCUUGUUAGAUGUCUUAGUGCUGAAGGGAAGGCUCAGCAAAUCAAUGUGCAACUGAACUGAAAGUUAUAGGAAGUUUUUGUUUGUGUUCCUCCUGGAGAUAUUAUUUUGCAAAAGUCACAUACUGUAAGUUAAAUAUGUCACCUGCAAAAGACAUAAGGAAACUGUUAAACUAUGUUUGAAUAUAGUACAUUAUUUUGCUUUAGUAGUGAUAAUAUAAAUGAUUAUAAACCUUUUGAGCUUUCCAUUCAAAGCUCAGAACCCAUGUUAUCACAAAGAUCUUGUAUGUCGUGAGGUAUGCCUUAAUGGAUAAACCUUGGAUUUUUCCCCAAAGAGGUUGGGGAAGAUUCAUCACCUAUGGGAAAAUGUGAAGGCUUAACUCUUAGAUUUUGUGCCUACUUUAUUAACAAUUUAUGGGGUUCAAUUCAUGCUUAGUUUUACGUUUUUAAAUCUCACGGCGUUUCAAAUUGUCUCCUGAUGUACAGAUACUCUUUCAUAAAAAUGAUGACACCAAGCGACUCAAUGAAGGAGUGUUCCAACGUUUUCUAGAGUCUUCCAUUCUGUGUCAUAACAAGAGUUGGCCUCUUCUGGGGACAGAGGGCCUGUCAAAUUGUUGCUUGGAUAUUUCAAGAUUGUAUUUAUCUCAUUGUUGAUAAUCAUUCAUUUCCUUUACAAAGUGUGGCCAAAGGUGUUUAAACCAGAGUCACAAACAUCCUGUUUAAGCUAUAUGUUUGACUUUUUGGAGCGUUUUAGACUUUUUGAUUCAGUGUUGUCAUGUUAUGUUAUUAUUACAGACGGUCAAUAUGAUUCAGUGUGAUCUUUGCAAAACAACAAACAUUCGCAUUUUGUGCACUUUAAAAGUCCAUCGGUGAGGAGAUGCCACUUAGUAGGGAUGAGUGAAUGCUGUAGACAGCAAACAGCAAGCAGAGGAAUCGAAACCCCAGACGAAUUUCUCAGUAAAUCUGUCCUACUCUCAGAGCGGGUUACAAAGUCUCAUCUCAGAUCCAGUUUUUAAGCCCCACGACCAACUGACCCCAAACUCCGCUCCUUAAAGUGUCUGGUUUUAAUGUUUUCCUUCUUCACACAUCAUGCGUCAGUUUGUGUUGGUUGUUUCUUUUUUCUUGUCAUUCUCCCUCUCCUUCAACUGCUCUCACCUCACAGUUUGUUACAGGAACCCCCUCAUACUCCUCAUUGAGUGUAGUACCUCAGCAUAAGACAGAGAAGCUUCUCAGUAGUCACACACAAAAGAUGAUGAUGAUGAUUAUGGGGGUGAUGUCGGUGGUCAUGACGAUACAUCCACUAGGCCUGUGCUAUCAUCACAUGGGCUGUUGUGACAUGCGCAGUUAUGCAGAUUUGCAUGGGGGGGCAGAGGCAUAGUUACAUACGCUUGGGGGCGGGGGGUUGUUAGACAAUGCUGAGGAUGCCUUGGUCACAUCGAGUGGCACCCAUACCACCCAAACACACACAGAACACUUAGAAACACAUACACACACACACACACACACACACACACAAAUGUACAGUCAUACUGUACACAGCACUGCACAUUACUCUGCCAUGUACCCACAGGCUGCUGUGUAGGCCUACUCACCAGGUUCACAGGCUGUGGAUCUGACAACAGUAUCAAACCUCUCCAGUUAGUCUUCUGUAUGUCAGCGCAGAUGAGGAAAAGUGUUGGAAGUGUUGUUCAUGUAUUUGACUGGAGGGCUCCUGGCAAUAAAAACAA